GCCUUUUCUCGAACCUAACCAAAAGGCUUUUUUGCCACAUUUCCACUUCAGUGAACAGUGACACAUCAAUCAAGGCAGACACUACGUGUCCUCUCCUUUCGGCAGUGCUGCACACAUACCCUUCUCUUAUUGGUUACUCUAGUGGGUCCCAAUUCCCAUCGCUUAAUUACGCCUGGAUACACCAAUUCUUUUUCCCUGGCCCAUCCUCUGCUCUCUCCAUGGGAUUUUGCCCAAUCAGAUCUCUUUACUCUUUCUUCCUUGCCCUAGACACGUGGUGGCUUUUGCACCUUCCUUAUUUGAUUAUCGCCUGAGCUCCAUCUUUCAACACAGAGAAGAAGAGAGAGAACAGGAGAUAUGGAUUGUGGAGAUCAGUUGCAGAUGAUAAGCUGUGGCGGUGGUGCUCGGGAUAAGACCACGAUCAACCAGAUAAUGCUCCGAUUCAGGCCGAUUGCACCGAAACCGGCCAACGUUACCGGUGGUCAAGACUGUUCGUUGAUGAGGGACAAGAGUAUUUUAGUUUCUAAAAAAAGAAAAAAAAGGAAGUACGUUAGAGUUACUAAGAAUAGCAACAGAUUAAAAAGAAAUCAACGAAAAAUUCGUCAGAUAUCAUCAUCGGAUCGUGAAAAAGAGAAAGAAAAUGGGAGAGAAAAUGAUGGCGAUGGAUUUAACAAGAUUGUAACUCUCCAGUUGUUACCGGAGCGAAGUGAUGCGUUGAAAGAAUUGGGAGAAAGCGGGAGAUUAUGGCGUAACCGAGAAGAGAAUAAUAAUAAUGAUAAUUCUGGAAAUAAUAAUGAUGACAAAACCAUGAGGGGGCUGAAGUUAAAGCAGCCUGAGACUGAUAUAGCAGAUCAGAGCAUGGUUCCUAAAAAGAAGGUGAUAUUAGAGUCGUGGGUGACAGUGGAAUGUGUGACAGACAGUUGCAUGGAUGAAAGAGGAGGUUUAGGUUGUACGGACGUGGAAAGAGUGAAGAAUCUAGAGGAGAACACGCGCCCUGGGUUUAUAACAGACGGUUCAGACACUGUCCGGUGGGUGAAUGGGGCUUAUAAGAGGAGGAUGAUGAAAGAGGAAAAUAAUCAAGAAAUGGAAAUAAUGGUUUGGCUGGUGACCAAGGGCAAGCUGAUGCCAUAUGCUUACUGCUCAGCAUUUACGUGUUGGGUUAGACUACAGUAUUACAUGACAUUGGAGAAAGACAACUACUACUGUUGCUCGCAAAUUGUGCCGUGUGAUGUUUGGAGAAUGGACUGUGGAGGGUUUGCAUGGAGAUUGGACGUUGAGGCUGCACUCAGUUUGGGCCGUUGAAGCACAUUAAAACAAAACAGCUUCUCCAUCUCCAUCUAGUGAUCAGGUUGUCUAGAUUUUAUACAUGGGAUGCUUUUGAUCAAGUCAGAAGAAAACAUUCGAGUAUGGUAGUCUUCAAGUGUACAUAUUAUGCAUAGGUUGAAGUGUUUCUCAUGGCAACGAGUUAAUAGCCAAUACAGGCAUUAGGCAGGUCUCUUCAGUAAGGAUUUUGCAAAGCAAAGGUACCUCAGAUAUUAACUGUUAAGGUCUGUCUGGAAAUUGUACCAUUCUAAAAGGGCAAACAAAAGAACCUUGUUUGAGGUCCAACUUUUAGGAUUGGAAUCAGGGCUUUAGACACUAUGUCGGUGACGACAAUAUUGCACACUUCGUAGAAAAGGGAAAGUUGGCAUGUAACAUAAGCACCGGCUUUUGGGGUUGUCUUUCUACUGCUUGCUCAGGUCUCAAAAUAAGAACUGUUUUUGAGCA